UUCCUCUCUCGCGCGUGUAUCUCGUCAGUCGGCCUGGAGCCACGUGCGUGCGCUCUCUCGAACGGCUCCCGCAUGGGACAUACAUUGGACAGCUUCGUAUCGCGCCGGACGAGCCGCGCGACCGAUCCUCCCGCAGCGGCCGAUGACAGAUGAACGUCUUCGGCGCGAACUUGGUGCAGAGAAGAGGAAGAAGAAGAAGAUCGCAGGGCAGAUCGUGAAGGGCGAAAGAAGAAGAGGAGGAGGAGGAGGAAGGAGAAGAUUGCACUGCUGCGCGGCCGCUUCCCGGUUCAUUCGUCUCCGCUCUUCAUUUAUCAGCGAGCCGAGAAAGCCGGGAACCCCUUCUUCGCACCGAAGAAGCAAUUCGAGCCGCCGAAUCCAAGAGAUAUCAGUGAGACACUUCUUGAUAAUAAGCAGCGCGAUCCUCGACGAGGAAGAUGAUGGACAAUCGUUCGACGCGACAAUCGGACGACGGACGAAGUAUCGUCCGCGGGAGAUGAAGAAGAAUCCACUGCUCCUGCGGAUUAACUCUCAUCGAGAGGCCAAGGCUGCUCGAUGCGAGCUGCCGGGUGAGAUCGCGAGACACUUGGCUGUUUCGAGCCCGACGAAUCGCGUAUAACUCGGCGUGUAUCCGGGCCCAAAAGUCGGAUUCGCGGAUUCGAGAUCGGCGGUCCGCGAGGACUCACGAUUCGCACUUUGAGCACCGGAGCAGAAGCGAAAUACAGCGCGCAGGUUCGUCGAUCCUCGGGCUCUCCUGCGCCGCGGUAUGAUCCACGCCAAUAGCGGCGUGGCUUCGGGGAAGAACAAAGAUAUCGCCGCGAGCUGAGAGCGCGAGACUAGACUUAGGUGGCUCAAAGGUGAAGACAGACGGUCGGGAAGUCGGGGGGAACUAAAAAUACCAGCCGGGCCCGAGCGAGCGCACGCGGCGGCCCCCGUCGCCGUAUAUUCCUACGCUGGACAAUUUUACCGGCUGGAGCGGAGCAAUAUCUCUCCAUGAGGGACAAGGCGAGCCUUUAAUCCCUCGCGGUCGUGGAUCGAGCAUCUCGACGCAGCGUCGUCAGCGCGAAGAGAGCUCGUUGACGGAUCGGACGCAUUCGCGCUCCUUCGACUUCGGCUGCUGUACUUCGCGCGCUACUCGCUCGUCGUCGACGGUUACCGCUGUAAAAGUUCACACCGCAUCGAGGCCUGCACCGGGUAUCGUCGGUAGGAAACUGAGACUCCGAGGCCUUCCUUCACUCGAACCGCCGAGAGAAUCGGCCUUGAUCGACGGACCUGUUCGCGCCUGGCGAAACUUGGGGCUAUUUAUUCUUUCCGCCACGGUGUGCACACCGGGCGCUCCAGAUCGCCAUCCGGCAGAACACGCGUCCAAGAGCCGGCCAGUGUCAAGGCCAGGAGGCUGUCGCGGCGGAAGGUCGUCGACGGAGGAGGAUCGGUCGGUCGGCUCGCUGCUUGUCGAGUCUCGUGGAGUCCUCGCUCGUCCGUACAUACGUACAUCGGCGGUAUUUUACGGCGCAGUUGUUUGAAAUUCUUUGCGUGGAGUCGCGCGCCCGUAUUUAUAGACCCCGUGCGCGCGCGCGCGCGCGACGACGACGCGGUACGUAGGGCCGUGAACGCGCGCUCACGCGCUCCUCUCGGUAGGUAGGUAGGUUAGCGGUGAAUAGGUAACGCGGGGUACCGUGGAACACACGCCGAGCCGAGACAGCGGCCAGCGAGCGGCACGUUGCGAUCAUGACGCGAUGCAUCCGCGACGGGAGUACCGGCCUGCCUCCUCCUCCGCCGCGACGAGCAGCACGUCCCCGGGCUCGCCGAACUGUCUGCGUCGCCGUCUGCGAGCCGUCCGUCUCACGGGCAUGACCGCCACCCUCACCGGCGCCGCGACCAUCCUCCGAGUCUUCGUCGUCCUGCUCGCGCUCGGCCACGCGGCCGCCGCCGGGGACCCGAAUGAGAACAACACGUUCGUCUUCGGGGUGAAGGCCGACACAGGUUGCCUCCGUUUGGUCGAUCGACUGUCUGCCGUGAAGCAUUUACCAAAGAAUAGAGCGGCGAAGCCGUCACACUUCACGGGCUGGAGUGAGUGGUCGGUGUGCGACCGGCAUUGCACGCAGAACCGCGUCAAGAGGUGCCGGUCGAGGGAAGUUUGCGGAACUACUGUACUUAGGGAGGAGCGCGGCUGCGAGCACAACAGGGAGGGACGACGAAGACGGUGCAAGCAACGCCAACGUUGGGGACAUCGACGAAGGGACGAGAGGUUCCACGUCGUCCAACAGGUACCGAAGGAAGCGGAGCCCAGACAAGGCAAACGCAGGGGGAAGGACACCAAGGAGCACCCCGGAGGUUUUUACGGAAAAUGGAGCAAGUGGUCACCGUGUACAAGAUUGUGCACCACGCAACGUCACAGAUGGUGCAGAAAGCCCGGUAUCUGCGGCCGCGACGUCAUACGGGAGAGCGCCUACUGCUACGUCGAGGGUAGCUUCUGCCAGAAAUGGAUCCAUCGGAAGAUUCGCGGCAGCCACGAGGAGGACGGCGACGACUCGGUGUUGGACGAGUUCGAGCUCAAUCCCAACACCGUGGACGGCUUCGCGCCGGAGAAGAACCCGAACAUUUGGAAAUGCGGGGUGACGAAUUCGCAUAAAGGUUCCCGAUUGUCGUACUUCACCCGAAUCAUCGGCGGUCGCCCGACUACGCCUGGGAGCUGGCCGUGGCAAGUGGCUGUGUUAAAUCGAUUUCGGGAAGCCUUUUGCGGCGGAACAUUGGUGUCUCCGAAAUGGGUACUGACCGCAGCGCAUUGCAUCAGGAAACGUCUGUACGUGCGCAUCGGAGAGCACGAUUUGACGGUGAAGGAAGGCACGGAAUUAGAGCUUAGGGUGGACUCCGUGACCAUUCACCCAGAGUACGACGCAGAUACUGUCGACAACGACAUAGCUCUGCUUCGUUUACCAGUUACCUUGACCCCGUCCGCGUCAAAGGGAAUUGCGUGUCUGCCUGCGCCGAAGCAGCCCUUGCCUACGAAUCAUUUGUGCACUAUUAUUGGCUGGGGCAAGUCCAGCGUGACGGACGACUUCGGCACAGAUGUGCUUCACGAAGUCAGAGUUCCGAUAGUGUCUCCCGAAACCUGUCGGGAGGUUUACGUGGACUACAGAAUCACGGACAACAUGUUCUGCGCCGGUUACCGCCGCGGAAAAAUGGACUCUUGCGCAGGCGAUAGUGGGGGACCUUUGCUCUGCAGAGAUCCCCGGAAAGCCGAUCACCCGUGGACGAUUUUUGGUAUCACUAGUUUCGGUGAGGGUUGCGGCAAACGUGGUAAAUUCGGCAUUUAUGCCAGACUGCCGAAUUACGUGCGCUGGAUAACGCGAGUGAUGAAGCAAGCGGACGAGUACAUUUAGGGAGGCACCCAAAAUUUUGGUUCUACUUGGUUUCUAACCGAACAGAUUUCGUCGAACUCUGAACUGUCGAUCGAGAACACUCCCUGUACAAGUUGUACCUGAGUCGAAAUUUUGGAACUAUAUUAAUCUUUUUCUCAAUGUACGUUGAUCUUUCAAGUUGAACAAAAUGUACAGGAAGGGCGAUUGACUAAAAUUUGUAGAACCAACAUUUUAGCUCGGCACUCGACGCGCAUUGUAAUUAUAAUUAGUGUUCGUGCGUAAAUCAAGGAUAAAAAGUAGAAGAUAUAACAGAAGAUAUAAACGGUCGUGAUACGAUUUUCUAAUUAUAUUUCGACCUGUUAUAAACCUGUUAUAAAAGCAAUCCGUAAAAUUUGCGAUAUUAAAUGUUUGAGAGCACUAAAACAUAGGCUAAUCGUGUUGCGAUUUGCCAUUACAAUCGUUGAGUUGCUACACGACACACUUCGCUCUCUUCGGAGUCGCGUUUAUGCCGUUUUGUAUGAGAAAUCGGGGAAUGAAGUGUAAUUUUUGCAAGAAAUUAACGAAGUUUAUAAUACAUACGUA